AUGGAGUUGACCACUAACGUGGAAGGCAAAGAUGCACCUGUGAAAGCUGUAGAUGCAUCCAUGGAAGCUGAAGAUGCAUCUGUGGAAGCUGAAGAUCCAGCUCUGGAAGCCAUCAGGAAGGCAGCAGAGUCUAUUGUGAAAAAUGUUAUCAGAGAUGCAAUAUACACUAUUAGACACCUGCAAAAGACAGAGGCAGGUAUUACAGUAUUAACUUGCUAUGCUUUUGAUGCCUCCUGGAUAGUAUAAAAGCCACCCUUGCCAGAGAUUAACUUAUUCCCUUCCCUUCAGUUCCAGGAAUCAAAUAUCCAGUACCAAAUAUUACAUGGAUGAAGUGCAAGGAUUUCACAGUAUUUAAUGGACUGGCACAGAUUGAGGAUUAUUUAAAAGUAAGUUUAAAAUUGGAUACUUACUCAAUGCCUUUAGCCAAGUGACAUGACUGUCUGGAUGCAUGAAUAUGCUGUAAGAAUCAGCUGGAAAGGGCCUGUAUGUUUGGUGACAUUGAAGGCAACACACAGUGCAAUCCUUUAGAUCAGUGGUUCCCUCAAGGGGUCUGCAUAACCCACCCAGGGUGUCUGUGGCACCCUUCACAUAACAAAAGCUACCAUAGAGAUUUCAAAUUUGGCUUGGCUUUUGAAAAAAACGCAGUACUUAGCUAAUUGGGAACCACUGCUAUAGAUGUGUACGUGGAAAUAAGUUUCACUGUGUUCAGUGGGCCUGAGUCCUUGGUAAGUGGGUUUAGGAUGGCAGCUUUAUUGUACUAAAUAAUUGAUACUAUGUUAAUAAGAGCAACAAUAUUUCUUUAUCUUUUUUUUCUAAAUUUUGGUGGGUAGGUGCUGCAAGUACCGGUACAUCAAAUAUACAGCAAUGAAUGAUUAAUAGCAUAGGUAAAGGUAAAGGGACCCCUGACCAUUAGGUCCAGUAGCGGACAACUCUGGGGUUGCGGCACUCAUCUCGCUUUAUUGGCCAAGGGAGCCAGCGUACAGCUUCCGGGUCAUGUGGCCAGCAUGACUAAGCUGCUUCUGGCGAACCAGAGCAGCACACGGAAACACCAUUUACCUUCCCGCCGGAGCAGUACCUAUUUAUCUACUUGCACUUUGAUGUGCUUUCGAACUGCUAGGUUGCCAGGAGCAUGGACCGCACAACAGGAGCUCACCCCGUCGUGGGGAUUCGAACCGCUGACCUUCUGAUCAGGCAGUGAAUCUGGCUGUUAUCAUUAAUUGCAAGUUCUUCCGCACCUCAUGUGAAAAAGACCAAAGGAACCUGCAGUCAUCCUCAACCACACAGUUAAACAUUUAUGCUCAUUUAUAUCCAUCGUUUUUCCACCAUGGAAUUCAUGGCAGAGUACAUGCACAAACCACACCCAACCCUGUUUCUCUUCACUAUCUGGCUGCUGUGACAGAAGGUGGGGGAGAGGCCUUUUUUUCUCCCAUCCUUUCAUGACUGCUAGUGCAGGCAAUCCAUUCGUGCCAGGAGCUCUCAGGUAGGCCAACACCACAUUCCCCUUAGGAUCCAUCUAUCCCAACCCUAUCUUUGGGCAGGUAACACUUUUUGUCGCAUCCUUAUAAAUAGUGGUACACAUUUUUUUGUGAGACCAUGCAGGUUCACAAAUGAAUCAUCUUUGUAUAUUAGAUAACAAUUAUCAGCUCCUAUGGGGAAGCCUCCACAGUCUUUCUUGUUUAAGCAAGGAGCAAACAAUGGUUUGUUUGUUAGACUUUUAAAAAAUUGUUGUUGUUGUUGUUACCUGCCCUUCACUAGAAGGUCAGUUCUAUUGCAGCUACUUACAAAUGGGCUUCUGGUCUCCACAUGUGUUGCAGCAUAGAUGGUCAAUUGGGCAGACAAGGGACUGUACGGCAACAGUCCAUUUUGAAGAGUUUCUUACCCAGGUGGGUCUUAACUGACAGCUGGCCUGCUCAGCCAAUCACAAAGGGAUUGAUUGCCCACCAUGACAUAGCCAAAAGAUUCCCAGAGGCUGUGGGUGAUCAGUACUGGGCCAUCUUAGAGUGACAGGCAGCCAAGAAUGGGGCCUGGAUAACACCUCCAUCAUGUGCCCUCAGAUCAUGGCCUCAAACCUUCCCCUGCCUCUAAUCCUUCUCACUACAAUCUUGGAAAGUUGGGAGAAAGUGAAUGGCCCAGUCAGUCAGAGAGUUUUUGCAGCCUGGCAGGGGAUUUGAAACCAGGAGUCCUUAUUGUGUGACUCAUAGCAUUGCAAUUCUGACAACGCCAAAGGCUUGACAUGUGCUUGACACAGUGGGUUGUACCCACUAUGUUCAAUUGCUGGCAAAGGCAAGCAAAUGCUUGUGCAUGGGGCCAGAUCAUGGCCUAUGUUUAUUCCACAGACAUGGGAGCUUCAUGAGAGCUGGCUACAUUGGACAAACUAUAUCAGCGAAGAGGAACUGGAGUAUUCCACAAGAUACUUUUACCGGGUCCGCUGGAGUAUCCCGACCUGUAGAAAGCCCAUCCCACGAGCAACAGCUUGUGUCUAUUUCGUCAUAGAGAUUUCCAAAAUCAGACCAUCAGUAAGUAUUUUGACAUCACCUCUGAAGACCUAUAAGCCCAGAGGAUAAUUAAAUAUUCUUAUAUAAAAAUAAAAAAGCAGGAAGGGGGACAGAACACCCUCAUUAGGAUCAAGUUUGAACUUUUGAGAUCUAUAAACUUGAUCAUUUGCCAAGUGUUUGAUCACACUCCAUUCAUGCCCUUUAUUUGAAGGCACACAUGUUUAGGCAGAACAGUCCCCUGAACUUGAACUUCCUAAAAACUUGAACUAAAUAAUUGUGGUAGUGCAGACAGUCUAAAGACUCCUGUCAGCGUUAUGAGACUUUCUCCCCACUCUUUUGCCCCAUCAUGCCCCCACAUCCCCCACAAAUUGGAGGAGAGGAGUAUCAGAAAUACUUGUGCUGACGGAAUGAUUAUGAAUCAUGACAUUGAAAUCCACCCUCCUUAUUUAAUUGUUUAUAAACUAUUUAAACUGUUGUACAUUUAUAGUAUAGUCUAAUUAUGAAAGCUUUUAAGGCUUUGAUGGAAUUGUUUUGUCAUGUAUUUAAAUUAUAUUUUGAUUUUGUAACUGAUUUUAUACUUGUAGAAGCCAUUUUGGCAUGUAAGCAGUUUCUAACUUUAACAAUAAUAGUUACAGUAAUACUUCCUUAAGGGACGCGGGUGGCGCUGUGGGUUAAACCACAGAGCCUAAGGCUUGCCGAUCAGAAGGUCGGCGGUUCGAAUCCCCGCAAUGGGGUGAGCUCCCAUUGCUCGGUUCCUGCUUCUGCCAACCUAGCAGUUCGAAAACACAUCAAAGUGCAAGUAGAUAAAUAGGUACUGCUCUGGCGGGAAGGUAAAUGACAUUUCCGUGUGCUGCUCUGGUUCACCAGAAGCGGCUUAGUCAUGCUGGCCACAUAACCCGGGAGCUGUACGCCGGCUCCCUCGGCCAAUAAAGCGAGAUGAGAGCUGCAACCCCAGAGUCGGUCUUCCCAUAUACUUCUGUCUUUAGGUAUGAUUUACCUUGUCAUCCACCCAAAAAACGGCAGAGGCGGGGAAUGUGACCCCACAUGGCUGUAGUGUGAAUUGGUUUAUGUAUAGAACUUAACAAUAAAAUAACUAAAAUACAAUUUUGUAACCUUUCCCAGUUGGAAAGAUUGAGCCGCAGAGGCUUAUUGUAUACAUAGUACCAAGACCCUAGAGGCGCGCCCAUCAGACCCCAACAUUACAGUCAGGCUUCUCUUGCUUGAAAAUUUCCUAUUGCUAUUAUAUUUUGAGUUUACUAGUGUCCAUGAGGACCAGAAUGCCCUUGGAAGGGAGGGUGAUUUUAAAAAGCAAAAUGGAAGCCCAACAUUCUCAGAGUGUGUUUUUCUCUCUCUCCCUCAUUUAAUGCAGACAUUACCUGUUGAAGUAUUCUUUGUGGUGGAAACGAAUAAGCUAAUUCACAGGUAUUUUCUAUUUUAAAAAUAAUCCAUGAAAUAAUGGUGGUAUGAUAAAUUCUGCUGAAUGUUUUGUUAUGGGAAAAGAUCUGCUCAUCUUGCAAACCCAUCUAGGAGUGAAUUGUACCUGCCUUUCUCUGUGUCUCUUUGAUUUGCAACUAGGACUGCUGGCUUAGAAGAGUCCAGGCCUGCUCUUGUGCAGAAAUCAGCUGCAAAAAAAGUACCAUAAUCUGCUACAGUUUGCAGGACACAUGGCUGGUUUGUUUUUUUCCCAACUACAUUCACUGAAGAUUCAUCUGUUAGCCUGCAAUCCUAUACCUACCUACCAGGAAUGUCUAGGAUUCUGCGGCUUAGUGCUAAAGGAUUGUUUAUUCAAGAUGUGCCCUGAGUUUAAGGGGCUUCCCCAAAAUUUGGUCACAUGCUCAUUACUGGACACCAUGCCUAUGACUGACUGAGAUUUGUUUUACAUUAGGGGUCUAAGAGGGUUGCAUCCAAUGUAGUGUUAACUAACCCAUUCUGGUAGUGCAGGAAUUUAGACUUGUGUAAAGUGCACACCUUCGUAUACCCCUGUGUGACUCGAAGAUCUGUCCUGGGUUUUCCCCAAUUCUCAGGAGUGGGUUGUUUUUUUUAAAGUCACCAUAAAUGGGUUAAAAGGCAUUAAAUGUACAGAUGUGUGCAGGAACAAGCUAAAGGUGGCACGGACAUCAGGACAGAAGUGUUAGCAUGUCAAAACAGGCCAUUUUUAAAAAUCAGGAUCCACCCUAUUCCUGUGACUGUAAUCUGUUUUUUAUUUUAAACUGUUGUAACCUGAACUCAAGACCUGCAGAUAGAUGAUUAUGAUGAAUAUUGUUAGGGAAUUAACUUUUCAAACAAACAAACAAACCAUAGUUCCCAACACAGAUGUGUUAAGUAACCCAACUCUUGUGUUAUAUUUCUUCUGCUCUCUCUCUCUAUAGGCCAGGAGAGUCUCGAUUCAAAGAAAAAUGGCUCAAAGAUGUGAUUGAAAGCAAAAUAAUCAUGAUGGAGACAAUCACUUUUUAA